CGCGCGAGUGUCGUACGAUCGUUUGUAAUUUUCCGGCUACUACGCUUUUGACAUAUCGUUCGUACCGCUCCGCGAAUAUCGACGGCUCCGCGAGUUUCACACGGCGUGUUUCACGCGAACGUUUGACGGCCCGGCGACGGCAAUGGCAGACCCGGGUGGCUGGGCACCGGCCCAGGAGAAUGACUUUCCCAAUUUUCAAUCGAAUGACAGCUUCAAUUUGAAUGAAGUCACUGGCAUCGAUGAUCUUCUGACGAAUUGCGAGAGCGAGUUGCUGAAAAAUGAGCUCUUCAGCGAUGAGGCUCUGCUCUCCGAAUUGGAGGAGCCGAUGCAGGUGGACGGGGACUUUGACUUCCUGAAUCUCAAUAACGAUGAGUUCAAGGACUUCAAGGAUCCAGCGCUCCUCGAACCGCCGAGUACGAAUGUUAUGGUGACGCAACAGACGGACGGCGGUCAACCUGUCGCCGCCUACGUGCAGCAGGACAUCGCUACGGUGCCGCAGAACAGACCGCAGAGAAUAGUGGCCUCGACGAAGCCUACGGUGUUCAGCUCGCAGUACGCGAUACCGCAGAACGUGAAUUUCAACGUGCAGUCGCCGAACGUCGUGACUCUGGCCCCGGUCGCCCAACAGCGGCAGCUACUUCUGCCGGCCAAGUUGAUCAAGUCGGAGUCCCUCGUGUACUCAAAGGGCGGGCAGACCAUCACGUCGACUCCCGUUCCCCAUCAGAUACACACUCUUGUGAAUACUGCAAGUGGGACGGUACUAACUACCGGGAUUCCUGUGGUGCUGGACACCGACAAGGUACAGAUUAAUCGCCUGAACACGGGCACACAUGUGGGCGUACCGAGGGUGAGAGAGGUGAAACGCAGCGCCCACAACGCUAUCGAGCGUCGUUACAGGACGUCGAUCAACGACAAAAUAAUUGAACUGAAAAACAUUAUAGUCGGAAUUGACGCCAAGCUGAACAAGUCGGCAAUUUUACGAAAAACCAUCGAUUACAUCAGAUAUUUGCAGAACACCAAUGCGAAAUUGAAGGCCGAGAAUAUGGCGCUGAAGAUGGCUGCGCAGCGGCAGAAUCUUCGCGAAUUGUUGGUAUGCGGCGAGUUAACGCCUCCGCGUUCCGACUCGAGCGAACCGUCCCUGUCUCCUGCACCCGCGCCACCGUCACCGCCGUCUCCGUCGUCGGUGAAGGACGACUCGGACGCGCUGCACAAUCUGCACGUGCCCGCUUCGUCCAGCGGAGGCAUGAGGGAUCACACUCGGCUGACGUUAUGCGGAUUCAUGCUGUUAUUCUUGGCAUUCAAUCCUCUCGGUAUCCUCAUGAACAACAUUGGAAGAUUCAAUUAUGACUACGCGAAUACGAAACUGGACGGACGGACGAUUCUCAAUUAUCAAGAUCAGCUGGAAUCGGACAAGCAACCGUGGAGCAACGUUUUCCUCUGGUUUACCAAUCUGAUACUCCUGGCGGUCGGCCUCUGUAAACUGUUGCUGUACGGCGAUCCGGUUUUACCCACCGACAGCAAGGUCUUCCUCGAGGUACGUCGCUGGCGACGCCAGGCCGAGUUCAAUAUAUCCAAGCACGAGUGCAACCAGGCGUACCGUGAUUUGCAUCAGUGCCUGCAGUACUUCGGCCGGUCCUUCCCGUUGUCGCGCACGGAGAUAUUCCUCGCCACCACGUGGCAAAUAGUGCGUCAGGCUCUUCACAAGUUAUGGCUGGGCAGAUGGGGGAUGCAGAUCAGCAGGGGGCUGUCGGAGAAAUCGGAGCGGCAGCAGGCGGAGACGUCCGCCGUGGAGAUGGCCAUCGUUUACCAGCACAUGCUCUGCCUGCGUAUGUCCGAGGGCACGAGGGACUCGACGUUGUACCUCGCCCUCUGCGCCGUCAAUUACGCGGAAGCUGCCGGCGAGAGUACGCCGAAGCCGCUCCUCGCGGAGAUCUACGUGAACGUCGCCCUGUGCCUGAAGCAGUCCUUCUUCCCGUACAUACACAAAUAUUACCUGGGCAAGGCGCGCGUCCUGCUGUCCUCGUGCGCCGUACCCCCGAAACUGAAGUGGAUCAUGACCGACGAGGGCGCGAGGUUCCUGGCGUCUCAGAGGUGGCAGUACAAGAGGCAGCCCGACAGCGAGUUCACGUCGCAGAACAGUCGAGCGGACCCGCUGUCGUACGCGGCUCGCGCGUACAGGGACCACCUGAUCGAGCAGUGCCUGCGUCUAUUGACCGGCACCGUCGGGGAGUGUCAUGCGUCGUCCGUACUCGAAUUGGGACGGAUGAUCAUGGCCUCCGCGGAGGUGGAAGCCUGUUUCCCGUGCGCCGACAAGAUCAGCGUAGCAACGUGCGAAGACGAGAUUGGAUUAUGGUGGGGUGCGGUAAUCUGCGCUGCCGCGAGUUGGAGGCUGGGCGAGGAGGAUUCGAAGGCGUGGAGCAUUGUGGAGAGUAAAUUCCCGUACGAGAGGAACUUCCAGGUUAGCGACAGCAACAGCAGCAGCAGCCCGUUACCCCACGCCGUGCUCAGCGUUCUCCAGGUGGCGAAGAAUCCUACAAAGCUGGUCUCCAUGCGUUUCAUUGACCAGGCAGGACUGCUGCUCGAGCAGUCCAUGGUGUACUAUCACUGCAAGGAACAAUCGUCGCAGCAAGUCUUGCUUACGCAGCUGUUGGUCUGCGACUGGCUUCUCGAGAUACGCACGAUUCUUUGGCAGGAGAUGGACGCGGAGCCGGAAAGAUCGGUCGCGAGCGUGUCGCUCGCUGGGUUCCAGCGCGAUUUGGCGUGUUUGAGACAGUUGUGUCAGCACAUCCCGUCUGUAAUGGCGCGAGUGUUCCUGUACGAAGCUACAGCGCGCAUGAUGGCCGGGGCGACGCCGGUGAAGACGCAGAUCUUGCUGGACCGAAGUCUGCACCACAGGAACUCGCGCUCCUCGAUCAUAUGCGGCAAGGACCGGUCGCAGGAGCAGAACAACAGCGAGAGGGAGCACGCGGUCGCGCUGUGUCUGGCGUGCCGGCAUCUGCCGACGUUGCUGCUGGCCUCGCCGGGCGAGCGCGCCGGCAUGCUCGCGGAGGCCGCCAAGACGCUCGAGCGAAUCGGGGACAGGAAACGCCUUCAGGAGUGCUACAAACUGAUGCGACAGCUCGGCUCCGCGAUCACGGUCAAUUGACGCGUUUCUGUUUGACAUAUUCAACAUAUUUAAACAUAUUUUCUUAUCUAUAUUAUAUAUACGGGUGUUACAUAUAUCGUGAUACUUAUGAAAGUUAUGUAUACUCAUUUAUCGGUCGAAUUUCAACGCGUUCUUUCGGUCUGGUUUUACAACGGAACUGUAACUUCUGCCAAAUCGUUAUUUAAAUUUUUUAUUUCUUCCUCAUUGUAUGAUACCGUCGCUCUUCGAAUACAGCGGCUGCGUUCACUUUGGGCGCGAAAGCUGUAAGCUUCAUUUUAUCUUCCUCAUGUAACGAGCGACGAAUAUAAAAUGACGGUUUGACAACGCGUGUACGCCCAAAGUGAACGUGGCUAUAGUAUUGUAUUAUAUGUAUUGUGCGCAGUUGACUCAAGACGCGAACGACAAGCAAGGAAUUGCGGAUACGAAAAUUGGACCGAAGGUUGUCUAAAUUCAACCAUUGUACUCAUUUGUAAAUAGGACAUUUAAUUUAUGGAUCUUAUUGUGCAUUUUUAUUUUCUCGUACUCUUAGAGUACAAAUAGAUCAUACUAGAUUAAUAAUCUAUAGUUUAUUAAGCUAUAACUCUUAAUAUAUUUUCUAAUAGAUUCUCUCUACUUGGAGGAAGUGUCUUAUUUACAGAUUACUUAAUUAUACAUAUUGAAUAUUGUUUAAUUAUGUAUUCUUUUUAUAGAGUAAAUUACAUAAAAGAAAA